UCUUUCAUAUCGUAGGCUUUGUAAAUGCCUUUAGCUUAACGGAUUCUCUCAGGGCUGUUUCUGUUUCUUAUUUCCUUGCUCAGGGGCCAAAAAUGAAUAAUUUGGGUGUGGGGAUCAGUCCCGGUAACGCCCUCGUUUACCACGGCACUAAUUUGAAGGUAAUCGACAGAAGAGUACGAGUUGCAGAGCUGGUCAUAAGGUGUUUGAUAUGUGGCUUCAGUGUUCUCUCAGAUCUUCUUAUCGGAACAGACUCUCAAGUCAAAGAAAUCUUCACGAUUCGGAAGAAAGCUAGGUUUACAGACACGAAAGCUCUUGUGUUUUUGGUGGUGGCUAAUGGGGUAUCUGCAGCUUAUUCGCUGAUACAAGUGGUUCGUUGUGUUGUGGGUAUGGUGAGAGGGAGAGUGCUUGUGCAUAAGCCUUUGGCUUGGGCCAUUUUCACUGGAGAUCAGGCCAUGGCAUACCUGAACGUGGCGGCCGUGGGAGCUGCCGCACAGUCGGCGGUGUUUGCAAAGUUUGGGCAAACAGAGCUUCAAUGGAUGAACAUAUGCAACAUGUACGUCAAGUUUUGCAACCAAGUUGGGGAAGGAAUAGCAAUGGCAUUACUAGUUAGUGUGUGCGCGGUGGCCCUGUCUUGUAUCUCUGCUUUCUCUCUAUUUAGGUUAUUUGGUAAAAACAAAGCCAAAGGCAGCUCUGGGUGGUAGAUUUUACUGCAUUGUUUCACAGGCUUAGUCCUAUGGCUUGUUUAAUUUCAUCUUUGUCAUAUAUGUAAUAAUAUCAACAAAUGCAAUGCAAACUAGGUGAAACACAUUCAAGAGAUGAUUCAUCAAUGGAGUAUGUAAUGUAUAGC